AUGGGACAGCAGCAGCAGUACCUAAUACUAUUUCUAUGUCUCGGGAUUGCUCUCACAUCGCCAGCGAGUCGUAGAGAAGAGCUCGAGAAGGCGGCGGAGCUUGCCGUGGAGAAAUCAGCCGAAAAAGCCGCCGAGAGAGCAGUGGAGAAGGCCCUCGACAGCGGAAACACCACCACGGAAUCCAAGAUUGUCCGCGAAUCUUAUUCAAACGUUAAAAAGGAGCCGCCUAAGGAGAAAAAGGUGCACGACGAUAGCAAAUACGAGUCGGUGGAAGGUGAAGUGGAGCAAGAGGAAGACAUCGACAACUGGAGCACGUAUACUCGGGACUUGAGGUUUUAUCCUCAGGACUUGAGGGGUAGAAGUUUUCGCGCGUGGUCGAGCAAGCUCGACUUCCAAGAUAUGUCAGACAUCUGGAGAAGAUUUCCGAGAAGCGAGUGGUCCCAUGAGAACACCAGCUGGGACAAGCCAAGGAAUAAGGUUGUGACUAUAGAGAAGAGAGUGCCGGUGCCCGUAACGGUCGAGAAGAAGAUUCCGUUCCCGGUUUACAAGCACAUACCGUAUGAAGUCAAGAUACCCGUGCCGCAGCCGUACACGGUGGAGAAGAGGGUACCGUAUCCAGUAAAGGUUUACGUGAAUGUGCCGGUCGAGAUACCGGAGCCUUACCACGUUGAGAAGCAGGUUCCUUACGAAGUCAAGGUUGACAACCCCGUGCCGUACAAGGUCGAGGUGCCGGUACCGCAGCCGUAUACGAUCGAAAGGAGAGUUCCAAUCGAAGUAAAAGUGCCAGUACCACAGCCGUACACCGUCGACAAACCGGUGCCCUACGAAGUCAAGGUACCGGUCAAGGUACCGACGCCGUAUGAAGUCGAGAAAAAAGUAGCAGUGCCUGUGAAGGUGACGGUCGACCGGCCGUAUCCGGUCCCGGUGCCUAAACCUUACCCGGUGGAGGUUGUUAAACCGUAUCCAGUCGAAGUGCCCAAGCCGUACCCCGUAAAAAUUAAAGUACCUGUAGACAAACCGUAUCCGGUGCCGGUAGAGAGGCCGGUUCCGGUACCUGUUAAAGUGCCAGAUCCUCAACCGUACACCGUGGAGAAGCGCGUGCCAGUAGAAGUGGUGAAACCGUACUCCGUUCCGGUUAAAGUGCCGGUGGACAAGCCGUACGAGAUAUACGAAGCGAAGCCGGUACUUGUUCCGGUGAAGAAGCCGUUUCCUUACGUCGUACAGGUGCCGGUACCCGUCAAGCUUGGUUGGAAGGAUCAAAGCAACAUCAAGGAUAGGGAGGACCUGGCGGACAGCGAAAGCGCCGAGACUAAGUGGCGGCGGCCACGAUGGUUAGAUCGCGAAUCAUUCAAGCGAUAA